UUUUCUGCUACCGAAGAUGUUUAGAUUUUCAGUGAGAUGACGCUUCAGGAAUUGGUACAUCAGGCAGCUUCCCUUUAUUCGGACAGAAUAGCUGUGUGCUUUGAUGAAUGUGACAGCCAGCCUCCGAUUUAUUACACCUACAGGACUAUGAUUAAUGCUGCUUCAGAAUUGUCAAAUUUUCUGCAGUUACAAUGUGAUUUUCAAGGAAUUCAGGAAAUUGGUCUCUUCUGCCAUCCUGGGAUAAACUUACCCUCUUGGAUUUUAGGAAUUCUCCAAGUUCCUGCUGCUUAUGUUCCUAUUGAUCCAGAUUCACCACCAACGUUAUCAACUUACUUUAUGAAAAAAUGUAAUCUAAAGUAUAUCCUUGUUGAAAAAAAGCAAGUUGCUAAAUUCAGAUCUUCCCAUGACACAUUAUUGAACUAUGACACAUUCACAGUAGAACAUAAUGACCUAGUACUCUUUAGACUUCACUGGAAGAAUGUUGAGGUGAAUUUGAUGCUAAGUGAUGGAAAAGACAAAUAUGGAAAAGAAAAAAUGAAAAACAGCAAGAGUUCUGGAAACAGCAAUGAAGGAAAAUCAGAAGAAUGUAUAGACGUGAGGCUAAAGCAUUGCUUAGCUUAUAUUCUGCAUACAUCAGGGACUACGGGGAUACCUAAGAUUGUCAGAGUGCCUCACGCAUGUAUAGUACCAAAUAUCCAGCAUUUUCGGAUAAUUUUUGAGGUCACACAAGAAGAUAUUUUGUUUCUGGCUUCACCUCUGACCUUUGAUCCUUCUGUUGUGGAAAUAUUUGUUGCUUUGUCAUGUGGUGCCUCUCUGCUGAUUGUACCAUCUUCAGUGAAAGUGCUUCCAUCAAAAUUAGCUGUUGCUCUCUUUUCCCAUCACAGAGUAACUGUUUUGCAGGCAACACCCACAUUGCUUAGAAGAUUUGGAUCUCAGCUCAUCAAGUCAACUGUUUUGUCAGCUAGUACUUCUCUUCGCGUGUUAGCCCUCGGUGGUGAAGCAUUUCCAUCAUUGACUGUUCUCAAAAACUGGAGAGGAGAAGGCAAUAAGACACAAAUAUUUAAUGUCUAUGGUAUCACAGAGGUAUCAAGUUGGGCAACCUUUUACAGGAUUCCAGAGAAGAUUCUUACCUCUACUUUGCAAUGUGAAUUGCCUGUACCGUUGGGAUUUCCACUGCUUGGAACAGUAAUUGAAGUCAGAGACACUAAUGGUUUCACAAUUCAAGAAGGCGAUGGACAAGUAUUUUUAGGUGGUAGAAACCGAGUGUGUUUUCUUGAUGAUGAAAUGACAGUACCCCUUGGCACAAUGCGGGCCACGGGAGACUUUGUGACUGUGAAAGAUGGAGAGAUGUUUUUCUUGGGCCGAAAGGACAGUCAAAUCAAACGUCAUGGCAAACGUCUUAACAUUGAGGUUGUGCAACAGGUUGCUGAAGAACUUCACCUAGUGGAGUCUUGUGCAGUUACAUGGUUUAAGCAGGAAAAAUUAAUUCUAUUCAUGGUGUCCAGAGAAGAUUUAGUAGAAGAUUACAUCUUUAAAGAACUUCAGAAGCACCUUCCAAGUCAUGCAAUUCCAGAUGAACUUGUACUGAUUGAUGCACUACCAUUUACAUCUCAUGGCAAAAUUGAUGUUUCGGAGUUAAACAAGAUUUAUUUAAACUACAUGAACUUGAAGUCUGAUUGUAAGCUCACUGGAAAAGAGGAUCUUUGGGAAAAAUUACAGCAUUUGUGGAAGUCUAUUCUGAGCCUUUCAGAAGAUUCUUUGAUGGUUCCUAAAGAGUCAUUGUUCUUACAUAGUGGUGGAGAUUCCUUAAAGUCCAUACGGCUUCUCAAUGAGAUUGAAAAUCUGGUUGGCACAUCAGUGCCUGGGCUUCUGGAAAUUAUUCUCAGCAGUUCUGUUUUAGACAUUUACAAUCAUAUCCUUCAAACAGUGUUUCCAGAUGAAGACCUACCACUCAGCAAGAGUUAUGCCAUAAAAAGAAAGUUCAGUGACAUUAAUCAAGAGGAAACCAGUGGAAAAUCUUUACAACAGAAAUCUGGCAUGCCUUUAACUUGUGACAACGAGAUCAGUGCUUUUAUUGCACUGAGCAGAGGAAGUCAGGUUUUGUCUCUCAAUUCUACGAAAUAUUUAACUAACUUGGGACAUUGUCCUUCACCCAGUUCUUCUGAUUUAAUUUCACAGCUUACUAGUCAAAAUAUGAAAAGCACAAAGCCUCCACCUAUUAUUGAGAAGUCAGAGAAGGUAUCCUGUAUUGCAGAAGUUUCUAAAGAGGAGAAACCUGUAAUAGAGACUGAAAAACUGGAGUUACGUGUGAGGUGGAGGUCAGAUACAGGCAAAUGUGUGGAUGCUUCACCUCUGGUUAUAAUACCAGCUGUUGAUAAGUCAUCUGCAACUGUGUACAUUGGCUCCCAUUCUCAUAGAAUGAAGGCAGUUGAACUUUAUUCUGGGAAGGUGAAAUGGGAACAGAUUUUGGGAGAUCGAAUUGAAUCCUCAGCAUGUGUAUCUAAUUGUGGAAACUUUAUUGUAGUUGGCUGUUAUAAUGGGUUGGUUUAUGUUCUGAGAAGUAAUAGUGGAGAAAAACACUGGAUAUUUACCACUCAGGAUGCCGUCAAAAGCUCUGCAACCAUGGAUCCAACUACAGGACUCAUUUAUAUCGGUUCUCAUGACCAGCAUGCAUAUGCUUUGGACAUUUAUAAAAAGACAUGUGUUUGGAAGUUAAAAUGUGGAGGAACUGUGUUUUCUUCUCCUUGCUUGAGCCUGAUUCCACAUCACUUAUAUUUUGCAACACUAGGAGGACUUCUACUGGCUAUAAAUCCUGCCACUGGGGACAGAGUUUGGAAACAUUUCUGUGGAAAACCACUCUUCUCCUCGCCACGGUGUUGCCUACAGUAUAUUUGUAUUGGCUGUGUAGAUGGAAAUUUACUCUGCUUUACUCAUUUUGGAGAACAGGUUUGGCAGUUCUCUACCAGUGGACCAAUCUUUUCAUCUCCAUGUACCUCAGCAUCAGAACAAGAGAUAUUUUUUGGUUCCCAUGAUUGCUUUAUAUACUGUUGUAACAUGCAAGGACACCUCCAAUGGAAAUUUGAAGCUACUUCUAGGGUGUAUGCAACACCGUUUGCUUUCCAGAACCACAACAGUAGUGAUAAAACGUUGCUGGCAGCAGCAUCUACAGAUGGGAAACUGUGGAUCUUAGAAUCAAAGAGUGGACAAUUGCAAAGUGUCUAUGAACUUCCUGGAGAAGUCUUCUCUUCUCCUGUGGUUUGGGAAUCAACACUUACUAUUGGGUGUAGAAAUAAUUAUGUUUAUUGUCUGGAUUUAUUGGGUGGUAAUAAAAAGUAAUCAGGUACAGUCCUUACUAGCAUAUAUCUGUAAUGUUUUAAAAAUAUUAUUUAUAAUUUUAGAGCUAUGUGCAAAGUCUUAUUUUUUAUUAAAGAUUUUACUUUUGUUAAG